GUCUUUCGAUUUGACGUUGACAUAAGUUUGACAACUCGACCUGACAAAUAUUUAAUUUUCUACAUUUUUUUAUUAGAAAUGGUCAUGAGUGUUUUGGGUCGGUUAAAUGUGAAUUUCCUGUAAAAUCUUAACAAAAGAUGAGUAGAUAGAAACCUACUAACCCAACAAAUAAAUAAUUCUUACUAAAAAAAAUUAUCAUAUAAGACCUUAUUAAAAAAAAAAAUGCCUGGAAAAAACAGGCAAAGGACAAAAAGUCAAAAUUUACCAGACCCGGUGCUCCGCAUACCCAAAGAGACCCCAACACAAAAGUCUAAAAGUGUUGAUGAGCUCCUCAAUUUGACAAAAGAGCAACUGAAAGUCGAGUGUCGAAAGAGGGGCCAAAAAUCCUCUGGAAAUAAGCAGGAACUGCUACAAAGACUGGGCUACAAAAUGGCCACCAAGAGAAAAGAACCCAAAGCUCCCUGCAGUUCAAACAGCAACGGGAACCUGGUACAAAAUAAUGUUAGCAAAACCUCCUCAAAAACCUCGGAGACCCAUAAAAAACAGAAAGAAAAAGAAAGAAGCGAGAGGGAGAGCAUCGUGCUCUGGAAAAAACCUGUACUGACCCUAGAGUAUUUUUUUAAAGAAUGUCUUGAGCUGGUCACUCAUUAUGGCAGGAAUUUUUUAGCAAAUAAGAAACUAGUCGCUUUAUUGGGGAUCUCAGUAUUAUCUUUAUAUUUAUUAGUCAAUAUUAAAGGACCACACCACGAUAUGGUCCAAGGUGUAUAUAGGAAACUUUUAUGGUGUCUAUAUUGGAUAGGUUUAGGUAUCUUAUCUUCAGUAGGAUUAGGUACAGGUCUGCACACGUUCCUUUUAUAUUUAGGCCCUCAUAUAGCCGCAGUCACUUUAGCCGGCUAUGAGUGUGGCAGUUUAAAUUUCCCAGAGCCUCCGUACCCCGAAGAGAUAAUUUGUCCAUCUGAAGGGGACGAAGGCAGCAUUCCUGUGACAAUACUCAGCAUAAUGUCUAAAGUACGAUUAGAGGCGAUGUGUUGGGGCGCAGGCACCGCUUUGGGGGAGCUGCCUCCAUAUUUUAUGGCUAGGGCUGCAAGAAUGUCAGGUAUUGACCCGGACGACGAAGAUGACGACCUAAAAGAGUUCGAGGAGCUCCAAAAGAAGCAAAAAAACCGCGAAAAACUAUCCCUUAUCGAGAAGGGUAAAAUUUUCGUGGAAGAGCUGGUGCAAAAAGUGGGAUUCCUGGGCAUUUUGGCGUGCGCCAGUAUCCCGAAUCCCCUGUUCGACCUGGCGGGAAUCACUUGCGGCCAUUUCCUGGUGCCCUUCUGGACCUUCUUUGGGGCCACCCUUAUCGGGAAAGCCAUAAUCAAGAUGCACAUCCAAAAGUUGUUCGUUAUCAUUGCGUUUAACGAGACGUUAAUUGAAACGGCGAUUAACUAUUUGGUCCUGGUGCCCGUUAUUGGGAGUAAACUUCAGGCACCCUUCAAGGCGUUCCUCGACGGUCAAAAGCAAAAAUUACACAAGAAAGCCAACCAAACGGUAAAAGAAGCGAGCGGCAACAUCCUGGCGGGCAUCUUCGAGAAAUUCGUGAUAGCCAUGAUCAUUUAUUUCGUGAUAUCGAUAGUCAACUCGUUCGCGCAGAGUUAUCACAAGAGGAUACAGAAGAAGAAGAGCAACAAAAGUCGGGACUGAUCGCCGCUCUUUUUCGUGAAAAAGUUGCGAUCGCGCGCCGGUCGUUUUUCUCCCCCUUUGGCUGGACAACAACGGUAAUGCGAGAUUUUUUAAUUUUAAUAUCUGUUUGUUCAGCGGUGCAAAGUAAGAAAAGUCUCAGUUUAAGUAAAUUAUAUUGUAGAUUUACAGCCAAUUGUUCCCUAAAUAUACUUCAAAACAAACUCUCUUUUUCUAGGGUGUGUUGAAAAUUCUGGUUGAUUUUCAGAUGAAGAGUUGUUUUACUUUAUUAAUAUUAUUAUGUAUUUGUUUACAUAUUCUGUGUUAAUUUUUAAACCCUUUUAUUAUUGUGAAUCAUUCCUAUUUAUUAAAAGUCAUAUAUAGAGAUAGAUAAAUCCUUUUUGCAAUUUAAAACCUACUCAUAAUAAUUAAUAAUAGAUUUUAAUCAUAAUAAUAAUUAGUCUGUAAUCCUGGAUGAUCCAAUUAUUAUUAUUGUAGUAGCAUGCGUGAGAGUGUUUCCUGUAUAAAUUGUGAUUUGACUUUUUUUUUGUAUCAUAGAGUUUGUGAUAUUUCCCUUGGACGUCCCAGUCCUAACCGCUAUUUUAUUUUAACUUAUUAUGGCAUGAGCAUAAAUAUUAACUUUAUAAGGUGUUUUUAAGGACUAAGGCAUGCCAACGGGACGGAUUUUUGAAAAGAAUAAAUAAAACUAUUGAA